UCCAGGCUCGCAGUCCACGCAGCUCCGGCCGUUCAUCCGCCCGGCGACCGACGGGCGCUGCUCCGGACGCCGGGACCCCUGCCCGCCGCCUCCGCGUGAGAGACCCCAGCGGAAACGCCUCCCACCCGGCCGAGGGUAAGCCAUGGAGGUCAAACUGAAGGAGCUCCGUCAGAAGCUGGAGAAACAGUGUCAGAUCAACCAAGAGCUGCAGAACCACAACCGCGACUUGGAGAAGAGGCUGAUAGCGAAGGACAGACUCUUGGACGAGCUUCAGACACGUCUGGAUGCUUCAUCUCUGAGGGACCACGAUAUCGGCAUACAUGAGGUGCGCCAGAGCAGGGCAGCAGUCAUGGCUCCAGAGCCAAUCCCAGAGGAGCCCCACUUCCCGGCCUCCAGGGUCAAAAAGACCGCCAGCGAACGAGCCCAGAUCCUAAAGGCCACGGGCAGAAACGACUUCCUGAGCCGCCUGGACGAUGAGCAGAUCAGCAUGGUGGUGGAGGCGCUCGCCUCCUCGGACUGUUGCCCCGGCGACGAGGUCAUCAAGGAGGGCAUGGAGGGAGACAGCCUGUACAUCGUGGCGGCGGGUGAACUCCAGGUUACUCAAGCUGGGCGGCACCUGCGAACUUUGACCCCUGGAGACGUUUUUGGGGAGCUGGCAAUCCUGUACAACUGCAAGCGCACGGCCUCGGUCAAAGCGGUCACGCCCGUCAGGCUGUGGUGCAUCGAGAGACAGACGUACAGGAGUAUCAUGGCCAGCAAGUCCAAGAAAAAGCGAGAGCAGCUGAUGAGCUUCUUGAAGACCGCGCGGACCUUGAAGAGCCUGAACGACGAGCAGCUCUCCAAUAUCAUCGACUCCAUGGAGGAGGUGAAAUUUCAGGACAAUGAAGUCAUCGUGCGAGAAGGUGCUGAGGGGGACACAUUUUACAUCAUCCUUAAAGGAGAGGUCUUGGUUACCAAGAAGGUGAACGGGCAGCAGAAGGUGGUCCGUAAGCUGGGGGAAGGCCAACACUUCGGAGAGCUGGCCCUCAUGCGCGAGAUCCUGAGGACGGCCACCUGUACUGCCGUGGGCCCGGUCACCUGCUUCUCUAUUGACAAGGAGGUGUUUGAGGAGACCAUCCCUAUAGAAAGCCUGGAGUUACAUGAUGAUUCAGAUCUGGAGACUGUCAGCACUUCUGAGAAGGAGAGGCCUGACUCCAUCAUAAAGCUCCGGGAUCUGAUCCCCGUCCUGUACCAGGAGGGCCGUUACCAGGGCGACCCCGUCACACUGGGCCUCGGGGGGUUCGGACGGGUGGAACUGGUGACCACACUGCACCACGGGAGAUACUUUGCCAUGAAGAAAGUGAGCAAGAAGCUGAUUGUGGAGAGGCGCCAGGGCGCGCACAUGCUGUUCGAGAAGAGGAUCCUUCAGGAGAUCCGGAGCGACUUCGUCGUCAGGCUCUACGCUGCAUUCAAAGACACACGCUACAUCUACAUGCUAAUGGAGUUCUGUUCCGGCGGAGAAAUCUGGACCAAGCUGAAGGAGGCAGGUCGUUUUGAUGAGAACACAGCCGUGUUCGUAGUGGCGUGUGUGGUGGAGGCGUUCGUCUACCUCCAUAAGAAGAGCAUCAUGUACCGAGACCUGAAGCCCGAGAACCUCAUGCUGGACUCGAGAGGCUACGUCAAACUAGUGGACUUCGGUUUCGCCAAGGAGCUGAAGCGAGGACAGAAGACGUAUUCGUUCUGCGGGACCCCGGAGUACAUGGCGCCCGAGAUCAUCCAGAACCAGGGCCACGACUUUGCCGCGGACUUCUGGUCGCUGGGCGUCCUGGUCUACGAGCUCCUGGUGGGCAGCCCACCGUUCUCGAGCUCGGAGCCACAGAAGAUCUACUCCCAGAUUCUGGACGGUGUGAUGAGGUUCCCUCCUCACAUGGGAGAGGCAGCACGGUCUCUCGCCAGCAAGCUGUGCAGGCUACGUCCUGGUCAGAGGUUAGGAAACACCAAAAACGGAAUCAAGGAUGUCCGCAAUCACAGGUGGUUCAACAGCAUAAACUGGCACAAGCUCAGGAUGGGCCAGAUGGAGGCCCCCACUGUCAAGCUCAUCCGAAAGGGUCCCUGCUACAUAAAUUUUGAUCGUUUCCCAUUUGAUAAGAGCCUGGCAGAGGAGGAAUUCUCCGAGUGGGAUCGGGACUUCUGAGAAGGAUCCAGGGUUUAAGGCAGAGCGAUGGUGAUGAUGAUGACGAUGAUGUUGAAGGCUUGAGGACGGUCAGGCAUGUCGGAUUACGGCCGCGACUGAACCGGGCUACGCUAGGCUCUGGUCUUCAGACACAGAAGACACAUCUAAACGUCCCACCCCACCUGACCAACGUCCUGCUCCAUUUUAGAAAAUGUUCUUGUUGAAAGCUAAGCUAUCUUGUUUUCACAAUGAUUAGGUCAAUAAUGAUUGGGUAAUACAAAUAAAAAUGGAAUCUUUCCAGUCUCCGGAAGCGUAUUCUUGGAAAUACAUGGUUGUUUUUUUUUAACAAGUAAUGCUCUGUGCCGUCGUCCGUUGCACAUGUUCUCCUCAACUCGCACGACCCGAGACAAAACUGUGAAUGACGCACAUUAAAGCAAAACUCACAUUAAAAAGAAUCAUUUCAGAUGCUGUUAAAAAAA